CCGACUUCAAAUCGACUGGUUCUGACCGGUUUCGUUGCGGAAUAAUCCUACAUCAAGAGAUUUUACAACAAGGAAGUUCUUUGAUCUAAUAAUAUUCUUUCGAAAGAUGGCAACUGAAGAUGAAUCUAAGAAAGUUGUUGCGACAUUCAAGCUGGUCCUUGUUGGUGAUGGUGGAACCGGGAAAACAACGUUCGUAAAACGCCAUUUAACAGGAGAAUUCGAGAAAAAAUAUGUCGCAACUCUUGGAGUAGAAGUCCACCCCUUGGUAUUUUACACUAGCAGAGGAGCAAUCAGAUUCAAUGUAUGGGAUACAGCUGGACAAGAAAAGUUUGGAGGAUUAAGAGAUGGUUAUUACAUACAAGGGCAGUGUGCUAUAAUCAUGUUUGAUGUCACUUCAAGAGUCACAUACAAAAAUGUCCCAAAUUGGCAUCGUGAUUUGGUGCGAGUCUGUGAAGGAAUUCCCAUAGUGCUUUGUGGUAAUAAAGUGGAUAUUAAGGAAAGGAAAGUAAAGGCCAAGUCAAUCACAUUUCACAGAAAGAAGAAUCUGCAGUACUACGACAUAAGUGCCAAAAGUAACUACAAUUUUGAAAAACCAUUCUUGUGGCUAGCAAAGAAGCUUGUUGGUGAUGCUAACUUGGAAAUCAUCGAGAUGCCAGCCCUUGAGCCCCCAGCUGUGAAUAUGGACCCUAAUUUGGCUGCCAAAUAUGAGCAAGACUUACAAGAAGCUCAGAACACAGCCCUACCUGAUGAAGAUGAUGAAGAUAUAUAAAUACAAGAACAAGUCAAGGGGUGCUAAUUGGCAUUUGUGUCUAAGAUAAAGAUCAAAGAUUCUACCUAUACUGCAAAAAAUGUAAAUGUUAAAGAACAUAUUGCAAUAUCGUACACCAAACGAACAGCCACAUCUAGUCUAUUGAAAUGUUUAUUCAGUUAAAGCUAUUAAUUUCCACCUUUACUGGUUUAUGUGUGCCAGGAAGAUCUAUCAGAAACUGUGGUUACUCAAACAUGUUUCAAUAUGACCUAUUUUAGUAGGAAUAGCCUGUUUAUUACAUUCCUUUUGAUAUGCACUGUUGGAAGAUUGUAUAUCAAGAAGCUUAAAGCUGAAAACAAAUGAAAUAGUAUGUGUUUAUUUAAUUUCUCAUUGAACUAUCUAGAACAAGAUGUAAGGCUUUAUAAGACCAUUUUCUACAAAAUAAAAUUUUAUGAUGAUU